UUUUAAAGGUAUAAUUAAUCUUAAGUUUUGAUUAUUUUUCAUAUAAAAUGGUAACCAUGAUUAAAUGGUAUGUUUAGAUGGCUUGAUGAUAAACAAAACUGACUGGUACCUUCAUCUAAAAACCAAAGACUUAGAUGAUUAUAUUCAAACAGUUGUCAACCGUUCUAGAAAACGUGAAUAUUGGGUUACGUAUCUUCGAAAUAAUUUAAAUAUGGAUAUGGGAACCCCUGAGCAUGGACUAUUGAUCGAUUCUCAGCUUUCCGAAGAACUGUAUUCAGUAUAUUGGCAUGCUGAAAUUUUUUCUGAAACUUCCUCCAAAAUACGCCACAGAGAACGUAAUACUGGUGGAGGACAAUGUGCCAUAGACUUAUCGAAAGUGAAACUAGACAAGACAUCUUUGGGUAAGAUUUGUUUGUCCAUGUAUUACAACAAGACAGCAUGCGUCGGGAUGAACUUAAAGUAUCGUAGUCCUGAUGGUUCUUGUAACAACUCGAAACGUUCCUACUCGGGAAAAGCAUCCACUGCCUAUAAACGUUUGCUGUUUAAUAACUAUAGGGAUAGUUUUAUUGAAGUUGCCGAAGAUUCUUUUUCGUCUUACAGACCCAGUCCUAGAAGGCUGAGCGUUGAAUUUGUCACAGACGAGCACUCACCAGAUGACUUCAAAACGAUGGCAAUGGCGUAUUGGACGAUUUUUGUAGGUCAUGAUCUAUCUCACACGGCAAUUUCUAGAAUGAUGAAUAGUAAUAAUUCUGUGAGCUGUUGUAAUGAAAACCGAAUGGAACUCCGUCCUGGAAGCAUAUACCACGAGUUGUGCUUGCAAGUUGCGAUACCGGAUAAAGAUCCAUUCUUCAGAAACAGUAUUCGUUGUAUGAACUACGCGCGUUCGGUGCCAGCUAUGCGUUCCGAUUGUACUUUUGGACCCAAAGAACAAAUGAACCAAGCUACUCAUUAUUUAGAUGGGUCGAUGAUAUACGGUUCGUCGGCGAAACGGACGUGGUCGUUGAGGACCAACUUGGAGGGCCAACUAUUGACAAGCAUGGGCUGCGAUAACAAGAGCCAUGGUGACUCGCUACAGCCGCAGUAUAUGCCGGUGGAAGAAACCAUAUCAAACAACUGUCAGUAUGGCAGCGGCACAUGUUAUAGGGCUGGUGACAUCCGGGCAAACGCGCUUCCUCAACUGACGGUGAUGCACACAUUGUGGAUGAGGGAACACAACCGGUUGGCCAAACUACUGUCCCAUGUCAAUCCGCACUGGGACGACGAACGUAUCUUUCAGGAGGCCAGGAAAAUCGUUUCGGCAUCUAUUCAGCACAUCACUUACGCUGAGUGGCUGCCAGCGCUGCUCGGAGAAAACUACACCAGGUGGAACGGGCUUGAACUGCCAACAAAAGGCUACAGUAACGCGUACAACGAGACCACCGACCCAAGCGUCAGCAACAGCUUUGCGACCGCAGUAUUACCGUUCGCUAAUUCCAUGAUUAGCGACACCAUAAGUUUAUAUACGGAAGACCGAGUGAUCAACGCAAACCUUUCACUAAAGGAACAUUACAACCGACCAACUGGUGUACUAUUAAAUUACAUGGAUCAGCUUGUCAGAGGGCUAUCUACGCAGAAUACACAAAAAAUCGAUAUGCUAUUUACUCAAACGCUUACAAAUUACUUAUACAGUGUUCAUCCAAACCACGUGUUUGGAAUGGACAUUGUCAGCUUGGAUAUACAACGAAGCCGCGAUCAUGGUAUACCAAGCUACACAGAAUUUAGAAAAUAUUGUCGACUAAAAGCUAUAAGAAGUGUAAAAGAUUUAUCCAAGAUCAUGGUUGAAGGUGCAACUGAUAAACUAUUGAAGCAAUAUAAACAUUGGAGAGAUAUAGAGCUAUUGGUAGGCGCUUUGUUUGAAAAACACGAAGACGACUCAAUGGUUGGCCCAACGAUUAGAUGUAUUAUUAGAGAACAGUUUAUAAGAACUAGAAUGGCAGAUAGAUAUUUUUACGAUUUACCAAAUAUAUUCAAUGAAUAUCAACUGACAGAAAUCAGAAAAGUGACGCUUGCCAGAAUCUUUUGUGAUAACAGCAAUAAUGUCACAAUGAUGCAGGAAAAAGUAUUUUUGAUACCUACAAUGGCUGAUUUGCAACUCUGUAAUUCCCAAUUAAUUCCAAAAAUCAACAUCAAUCACUGGUCAGAAAUGGUCGAUACAUUUCAAAAAUAACCUCGUAUAAAACAUUGAUGUAUUUAUUUAUGAUGCAUUAUUGUUGAAAAACAAUAUUAACA